AUGUACUAUGAAGUGAAUUCUCUGCUAUAUACAAGUUUGUUGGCAGUUGGUAUCGGCAUUGUACUAUUUCUAUUGACUAGCUUUUCUGAUCCGGGGACUGUGAAGGCAGAGAAUGUUUCACAAUAUCUAUCUGCUUAUCCUUAUGACAAUAUCAUAUAUUUUGGGAAAGAAUGCUUGACUUGUAAACUUCCAAAGCAGAUUAUAUAUUUGGCAAUAAUUGGAGCAACUUCUUACAUUAUAGCGAAGACGUCCUCUAGCUACAUUCCUGGAUAUACAAGUUUGUUGGCAGUUGGUAUCGGCAUUGUACUAUUUCUAUUGACUAGCUUUUCUGAUCCGGGGACUGUGAAGGCAGAGAAUGUUUCACAAUAUCUAUCUGCUUAUCCUUAUGACAAUAUCAUAUAUUUUGGGAAAGAAUGCUUGACUUGUAAACUUCCAAAGCAGAUACUUAUGAUGUUCUCUAGGAGAACAUCAGCAACCUCUAGUUAA